AUGGCAUUGAAAAUCUCCUUAUUAAAAGCCGUGCUGGCUGUUGUCAACACAUUGCUGCCGCUGCUUGGCAUUGGCUUAAUUGCGCUUUCCGUUUAUGAGUUGAACACCUCAACGCCUGGAACUAUGCAACACAUUUCGAUCGUAAUACAAAUAUUUAUUGGUUCGUUUGUCGUGCUAACAUCAUUCUUGGGUUGCUUUGGUCUGUGUCGCGAGUCGUUGGGGCUAACGUGGAGUUAYGUAAUAUGUAUGUUGAUCUUAGUCAUAUUCCAAAUUUAUUUGAUCACUGUUGCCGGCRUCACCGACUACGUUCAGAACACAACUGAUCAUUUGGAUCAAUUAUGGAGUAAUGUCACAUUAAAUGCUGCCGAAAUUGCACAAGUKGAGCAACAGUACAAAUGCUGUGGUAGAUUGGGUAAAGCGGAUUAUGUCAAAUUGGAUAAACGCAUACCGAGAAACUGUUACCGAAACUUUUCUGGUACCGAAAGUGAUCUGUAUACAGAGAGCUGUCUCACGGUGCUACAAGAGAUGGCCCGAAAGAGUGGCAGCACUGGAUUGGCGAUAAAACUGACGCUAUUUGGUUUUGAGGUACUUGCUUUGUUCUUCUCUGGGCUAAUGGGUAUUACUAUACGCCAUAAAAGAAGAAGAGAUCAAUUCGUAGACAACUAAUGAUCUACAGGAAAAGCUUCAAGUGUGCG